AUCUGCAGAUGUUCUUGGAGUGAACCACAGAAUUAUGGCUGAAUUGUGCAGCAGAGGAUCAUGGGAUAGCUCUAUUCUUCAUGAGAUGUGUGUGAUUUAACGCUCGGAGCGUCACACGUGAGCAUCAGUGAUAUCAAUCAGCAGCUUCAGCAUGAAUUACCUGCGCAGGCGUCUGUCGGACAGCAGCUUCGUAGCCAACCUGCCCAACGGCUACAUGAUGGACCUGCAGAGAUCGUCCAGCUCCAGCAGCUCUCCAGCAUCACCGGCCACUGAGCGCCGCCCGCCGCCGGCCCCGCAGACCCCCGCCCCCGCCCCGGCCCCGGCCCCCGCUCCGGCCCCCGCAGGGUUCCUCAGCUCCUUCUCCAGCGUGGUGAAGACAGCUCAGAUCGCCAGCGCUGUUCAGGCCAAAGCCUCCGCGCACGCCGACGCCGCUCCAGCCAAACCGGCCGUACGCAAACCCAAAGUCCUGCUGGUCAUCGACGACCCACACACAGACUGGGCGAAGUACUUCAGAGGAAGGAAGCUGAACGGAGAGUACGAGAUCCGUGUGGAGCAGGCCGAGUUCUCCGAGCUCAAUCUGGCGUCGUACGUGAACUCCGGCUGUACGGUGGACAUGCAGGCCAACCGAGGAGGAACCAAAGUGGUCAGAUCGUUCAAGCCAGAUUUUGUGCUGGUUCGCCAGCACGCCUACAGCAUGACCCCGGGCGAGGACUUCAGGAACCUCGUGAUCGGCCUGCACUACGGCGCCGUUCCCAGCGUUAACUCGCUCUUCUCCAUCUACAACUUCUGCAGCAAACCCUGGGUGUUCUCUCACAUGAUCAAGCUCUACCACACUCUGGGUCCAGAGAAGUUCCCGCUCAAUGAGCAAACCUUCUUCCCCAACCACACACAGAUGCUGCCCACAGCAACAUUCCCAGUGGUGGUGAAGAUGGGACACGCCUAUGCCGGCAUGGGAAAGAUAAAGGUGGAAACGGCGAAUGAUUUCCAGGACAUCACCAGUGUGGUGGCGAUCGCUAAAACCUACGCCACGGCCGAACCCUUCGUGGACUCCAAGUACGACAUUCGCAUCCAGAAGAUCGGCAGCAACUACAAAGCGUACAUGAGGACGUCCAUCUCUGGAAACUGGAAGGCCAACACGGGUUCAGCCAUGCUGGAGCAGAUCGCCAUGACGGACAGGUAUCGUGUGUGGGUGGACUCGUGUGCGGAGAUGUUCGGCGGUUUGGACAUCUGCGCUGUCAAAGCCGUCCACGGAAAAGACGGCAAGGACUAUAUCAUAGAGGUGAUGGACAGCUCGAUGCCUCUGAUUGGUGAGCACGUGGAGGAGGACCGGCAGCUGAUCUGUGAUCUGGUCAUGAGUAAGAUGGCGUUGGCUCUGCUGGGCGUCACCACACCGCAGACGUGCACUAAGACUCAACCCGGACCGCAGACGACUCAACCGAGACGAGCUCCAGGUGGUCCUCGCUCGUCUCAGUCGGGUCAAGCGUCGCCCCAGCGCGCCCGAUCUGCCACUACCUCGCCCAGUCAGGCCUUCCAGCCAGGUCCGAUUCCCUCCAGCGGCGCCGGCUCACAGAAACAACCUGCGCAGCUCAAUAAAUCCCAGUCGCUCACCAACACCUUCAGCGAGACGCUGCGUGGAAACGUCACGGACGACGAGGCCAAAGCAGAAACCAUCCGCAGCCUCCGCCAGUCCUUCGCCAGCCUGUUCUCCGACUAACACACACACACACACACACACACUCGUGUUGGUCUGACGUCUGGGUGUGUUUGAGAAGUCAAAGUUCAUUCGGUUGUGUCGCAUCUUUGUUAAUCUGCCGUCAGACAAACGUGUGUGUGAACGAAAGCCUUUGAUGUUUUGUUUUUAACAGCUGUUUUAAAGACAUGAUAAACCAGCGGUUCUCCAGCAGGGCGACUUAAAAUAACUCCACAUGACUUUAGCUUUAAAACAACCGAUGAAAACUGACAUUGUGUUUCACAUUUUUUUCCUUCAACAGCAAUCAUAUUUAUUGAAGGACCAGGGUUCUGAUGGUCUUGGAAAACUGGGAUAUUUGAGGGAAUUUCAGACAUGGAAAUUAACUGAAAUGUCUUUACGUUUCCAUUGCAAGCUUGAAAAUAUAUUAUCGAGUAGAAGUUGCUGAAAAGGGGCAUUUAACAAUUUUAAAAAUAAAUAGAAGAGUCGUAUAAAUUCAUUAUUGAAUCCUGAAGAACAUUCAGCUUCUUGAAUCUUUCAUUUUGAUAUGAUUUAAAAAAGUAUUUAUUUUUAUAAUUUAUUUAUUUUUAGUUAUGUUGAUAUAUUUGAACACAAGGAGCAAAUCCUGUAUAAUGAGGAGUCAGAGAGUUGAGAGCCGCUGUAAUGUUUGAUUUGUGUUCAGUGACUCUGUGUGAAUCAAAUCGGAGUGAAUCGUUUCUGCAGAUUCACUCUCUCUUCCAGUCUGAGCGUGUCUAAAGCCAUCAUCAGAUCUGAUGCAAACGUGUAUUGAGCAGCAAUAUUCCCGUGUAGGAAUAGAGCUCCGUCUUCCACCUCCGAUCAAUCUUCCCUUUAUGAACUUGAGUUUCUAUCUGUUCUUCUACUAUAAUCUCUGGCGUCUUCAAAGGACGUCGCGUCUCUGCAUGGAAAAAUGUGCAGUUUCAUUUCAUAUAAAGCAAUGAAAAAAAAGAAAAUCCUGGAAAUCUUGAUUCACUGAAAUGAAAAAUCACACUAGUGUUUGAAAUCAGUUCAAUGAGCCGAACACGUCAAAUUCUGAUAUUUAUGGAAGCCCAAAAAAUCCUGCUUUCGUUUAACCAUAAUUAUGACAUAAAAAGAUAAAAUUAUGAAUACUAAGUCAUAUUUAUGGGAUGAAAAGUCAAAAUUAUGACAUACUAAGUUAUAAUAAUGAUAUUAAAAAUAAAAAUGAUGACUUAAAAUGUUAAAUAUGACAUGACUGAAAGUCAUAAUUUCGACCUUUUAUCUCAUAAUUAUGAUGUAGUAUGCCAUCAUUUGAUUUUAUCUCAUAAUUUAAAAUUUUGAUAUAGUAUGUCAUAAUUGUGAAUUUUAAUCUCAUGGUUUCAACUUUUUAACUCAUAUUUAUGACUUAGUAUGUCAUUUUUUUAUUUUUAUCUCAUAUUUAUGACUUUUUAGCUCAAUUUUGACUUUUUAUCUCGUAAUUUUGACUGUCUUAAUAUUUAUCAAAGCAUGAUUUUUUUUAUUAUUAUAUGGUGGUAAAGGGCUUCCAUAGAUAUAGGUUCAGUUUUCAGUUUAUUAAUGAACCAGUGAGAUUAUGUCCAUAAUUAAUAUUCAGAUUAGUACUGUACAGUAUUGUGUUCAAGCUUACGUUUCUGUUCGGUUUGUUGAAAAGGACCAAACUCUUUAAGCGUUCUGUGAAAAUUGAUUAGCCGUUUUUCUGAUGUGCCGUUCGCUUUGUUUUCCCUGAGAAUGAAUCGCACAGAAUAACGUGCAGCGAAGCCAUAAACGCUGAGGACUCUCCUGUACAGAUUCAUGUGUGAUUCCUUCCGCUCGUGUCGAUCAUGUUGAGUUCUGUGGACUGACGUGCCUCCGACAAAAUAUUACUCAAACGUAUUUGAGACUUUGUGAUGCUGAAACUUUUUUAUGAUUCUUUUGAGUCAAUUGGACUUUUGAUUCAUUUCAAACCUCCAUGUAAAUCUUUGGCUCAGUGUUGUCGUUGUUGUCAGGAACAUUUGCAUGAAUUGUGAAAGAUGUUAUGUCUGAAGAACUGAAAUCAAUAAUCAGAGCUUACUGUAUGAAUGAGAGCAGAUGAAAAUAUGAAAUCAUCAUAAGAAUCAAACAGCCAAGAGCAGAAGAGGACGUGACUAGAGCAAAUCCCUCGAGUUCAUUUAUAUUUCACUCAGUGAAUCAAUCUGUGGAAGCUCAUUUAUGACACAUAAGAAAAAAUCAUGCUUUGGUAAAUAUGACAUAAAAAGUCAUAAUUAUAAGAAAAAAAAGUUGAAAUGCAAUGAAAAAGUAAAAAUUAUGACAUACCAAGUCAAAAUUGACAAAAAGUCUAAAUUAUGACAGUCAUAACAUACUAAGUCAUAUUUGUGAGAUAAAGUCGAAAUUAUGAGAAAAAAGUUGAGAUUAUGACAUACUAAGUCAUAAUUAUGUCACAGUUAUGAGAUACUAAGUAAUGAGAAAUUAUAAUUAUGAAAAAAAGUAAUUAUGAAAUUAUAAAAAUUGACAUAAUUAUCACAUACAAAGUCAUGAUUAUGAGAUAAAGUCGAAAUUAUGAGAUACUGUCAUAAGUAUGAUGUAUUAAGUCAGUUAUGAAAUAAAGUAAAAAUUAUUACACACUAAGACAUAAUUGUGAGAAAAAAGUCCAAAUUAUGACUGUAUUCAGUGAAUUCUGACUUCGUUCUGUAUGUCGUUAUUAUUAGAAUGUCAUAAUUUCAACAUUUUAUGUCUUUUACACAGCAUGUUUCUUAUGUGGCAGAAAUGGGCUUCCAUAAAAAAAAAUCAUCUAAUAUUGAUGAUGAAUCUCUGUCACGUUCUGAUGAUGUCAUGGAUCUAAAUGAACACAGAACCCUCUCUGAUUUACCGCGGUAAAUGUGGCAUGACGCGCCUGUAGUGUUUGUGUUUCUCUCUGUGUCUUAAUGUGUUACAAACUCUUCAUUCUGUCUUUGAUUUUAUUUUUUAUAAUCUGUCUCUGAUGAAUGGAAAUGCUAUUAAAACUAUGGUGUUUAAUAUGAA